UCUGAAAUAGCUGGACAUCAUAUCUACUCGGACAAUGAAAUGGUGAGGAAUAUCCAUUCUACCAAAGACAGACCUAAUGAAUCAGGUCUGAAAAUGACUAAUAUUCAUGGGGCAAGGAAUCGGUGGGAAUCUGAUAGCAUUUCCUUGGAUAUGCAACCUCAGAACUUCAAGCCAGAUUUCAAAGUAAGGACAGCUGCCCUCUCACCUUGCUACCAGUUGAAUAAUUGCAAGCAGUCAGUAAGGAGGGGAAUGGCAGUGAACCUAAUGAAUGAGGAAGAUGGUCCACAUCAUAGUUUUGAAAGUUUGGGUUAUAAUAACGAAAUAAAAUAUUUGGACAGCACAGUCUCAGGGAACAGUUUUCCAUUUGCAAGUUCUCACCUGUCUGGUGCACUGAACAAUAAACUAUUUGAUCCACCGAAUCACUCAGUAUCAAAGAACAGCUCUGAUCUUAGGGAUAUUGACACUUACAUUGAAAAGACUGAAGUGCCUCCAGUGGAUCAGUUUAACACGGGUGGCCACACACAGACAACAGAAAACAUGUUUGAGAAAAGACGAAAAUAUGGAAUCGAUGAAAAAGCAUGCAGUAAUUCACAGUACGGCUUAUUUCCUGAGCAAACUAUGGGUUUUCUUCACCAUGGGUUGAGUGGGGAGUCUAAUAACCUUGUAACAGUGCAGAAUAAAUUGAUCGAGACAUAUCAUCCAAUGAACUCUAGUCAAGUUUUCCAAUUAUUACCUGGAAAACAAUUGGAUAAUUCAUCUUACAGAUUUGAUGAAUCUUUUUGUCACCAGAACAGAGCUGAAGAGAGAGUUGUUAGACCUAAAUUUACUGAUUACAACUUGCUUAGCAAUGAGCGUACACAGGUUGAUAACUCUCACAUUUAUAAUGGUAUUUAUUUUAACCGUAAAACUGACUUCUGCAAUGACCCCGUGGAUCAGCAGGCCUUCAAUCAAGGAUCUAUUGGAAGAAAAGAACGGAAAAGACAGCACACAGCUACAGACAUGAAUGAAUGGACAAGGUCUCCUUCAAAAAGUAUUGAGGAAUCCUUUUCAGAUACUGAAGCAUUUUAUAGACACUCAACAAGCUCACCAGAACGUAAAUACAGAAUUUUACCUGAAAUGAAGAAAAGAAAACUCACAUACGAAAAGGUCCCGGGAAGAAUUGACGGGCAGACACGACUCAUAUUCUUUUAAAGCAAUUUUGGAGCGAACUUCAGUUUUUAUUCAAGAUUCAUUUUAACUUAAUGUUAAUGCAAUUUAAAG